AUAUCGACAGCUGUGGGCCGUGUGUUGGGCCAGGGUCUGAAGGAUGGUGGGCUUGAAUGCUCGGAGGGAUUCAAGGGUCAGCACAAGCGAGGAAAGCAAAUUACCGGAAUAGUGGUAUUAAUUGUUAUGAGUAGAAGUUGGGAGAAACAGGGCACAGCUGGUGAGGUCAAGUCAUGA